GAUGCACCGGGCCGGCUGGAGCCGUCAACCAUGGGCAGAGGAGUUGGUGAAAGGAGCCCGCCUCAGCUCUGCCUCUUUCGCACCUGGGCCCUAUCGCCCGCGACGAGGAUGAUGAUGUGGUCCAACUUCUUCAUGCACGAGGAGGACCGCCGGCGGCGAGCUCACGGGGCGCGCAAGGCCAGGAUGACCCCUGAGCACGAGGGGAAGAUUAAGCUGGCGCUGCUGCUGACCUCCGUGGGUGCCACGCUGGCAGUGCUGGCCGUGGGCACCGAGUUCUGGGUGGAACUCAACACCUACAGGGACAACGGCAGUGCCGUCUGUGAUGCUGCCCACCUGGGGCUCUGGAAGAUGUGCACCAAGCGACUGUGGCAGGCGGACGUGCCCGCCGGCAGAGACACCUGCGGCCCAGCGGAGCUGCCCGGAGAAGCAAACUGCACUUAUUUUAAAUUCUUCACCACGGGAGAGGAUGCUCACAUCUUCCAGAGAACCACAAAGAAAGAGGUAAAUAUGGCAGCUGCGGUGAUAGCAGUGCUAGGCAUGGCAGUCAUGGCCCUGGGGUGCCUCUGUGUCAUCAUGGUGCUCAGCAAAGGGGCAGAGUUCCUGCUCCGGGUUGCAGCCAUCUGCUUUGGCCUCUCAGGCCUGCUGCUUCUGGUCAGCCUGGAGGUGUUCCGCCAUUCCGUGCAAGCCUUGCUGCAGAGAGUUAGCCCUGAGCCUCCCCCGUCCCCGGCCCUGACCUAUGAAUACUCCUGGUCUCUGGGCUGUGGCGUGGGGGCCGGCUUGGUCCUGAUCCUGGGGAGUGGCUUCUUUUUCCUGCUCACCCUGCCUCCCUGGCCCUGGGGCUCCAUCUGUCCCAAGUGGGGGCACAGGGCCACCUAGGGUCACC